AUGUGUUUGAUGUGGGCUAGGAAAGACAGAGUCUUCAGCAUCCACCCUCACACACUCUCCUCCAGCAUCCCCCCUCACACACCCGCCUUCAGCAUCCACCCUCACACACCCGCCUUCAGCAUCCACCCUCACACACCCGCCUUCAGCAUCCACCCUCACACACCUGCCUCAAGCAUCCACCCUCACACACCUGCCUCAAGCAUCCCCCCUCACACACCCCUCACACACCCUCCUCCAGCAUCCACCCUCACACACCCUCCUCCAGCAUCCCCCCUCACACACCCGCCUUCAGCAUCCACCCUCACACACCUGCCUCAAGCAUCCACCCCUCACACACCUGCCUCAAGCAUCCCCCCUCACACACCCCUCACACACCCUCCUCCAGCAUCCCCCCUCACACACCCUCCUCCAGCAUCCACCCUCACACACCCUCCUCCAGCAUCCACCCUCACACACCCUCCUCCAGCAUCCACCCUCACACACCCUCCUCCAGCAUCCACCCUCACACACUCUCCUCCAGCAUCCCCCCUCACACACCCCUCACACACCCUCCUCCAGCAUCCACCCUCACACACCCUCCUCCAGCAUCCACCCCUCACACACCCGCCUUCAGCAUCCACCCUCACACACCUGCCUCAAGCAUCCCCCCUCACACACCCCUCACACACCCUCCUCCAGCAUCCACCCUCACACACCCUCCUCCAGCAUCCACCCUCACACACCUGCCUCAAGCAUCCCCCCUCACACACCCCUCACACACCCUCCUCCAGCAUCCCCCCUCACACACCCGCCUUCAGCAUCCACCCUCACACACCUGCCUCAAGCAUCCCCCCUCACACACCCCUCACACACCCUCCUCCAGCAUCCACCCUCACACACCCUCCUCCAGCAUCCACCCCUCACACACCCGCCUUCAGCAUCCACCCUCACACACCUGCCUCCAGCAUCCACCCUCACACACCCGCCUUCAGCAUCCACCCUCACACACCCUCCUCCAGCAUCCACCCUCACACACCCGCCUUCAGCAUCCACCCUCACACACCCUCCUCCAGCAUCCACCCUUACACACCCGCCUCCAGCAUCCACCCUUACACACCCGCCUCCACAUCCACCCUCACACACCCGCCUCCAGCAUCCACCCUCACACACCCGCCUCCAGUCUCCCCCUCACACACCCUCCUCCAGCAUCCACCCUCACACACCCGCCUUCAGCAUCCACCCUCACACACCCGCCUCCAGCAUCCACCCUCACACACCCGCCUCCAGUCUCCCCCUCACACACCCUCCUCCAGCAUCCACCCUCACACACCCGCCUUCAGCAUCCACCCUCACACACCCUCCUCCAGCAUCCACCCUCACACACCCUCCUCCAUCAUCCCCCCUCACACACCCUCCUCCAUCAUCCCCCCCUCACACACCCGCCUCCAGCAUCCCCCCUCACACACCGCCUCCAGCAUCCCCCCUCACACACCCUCCUCCAGCAUCCCCCCUCACACACCCUCCUCCAUCAUCCCCCCUCACACACCCGCCUCCAGCAUCCACCCUCACACACCCGCCUCCAGUCUCCCCCCUCACACACCCUCCUUCAGCAUCCCCCCUCACACACCCGCCUCCAGUCUCCCCCCUCACACACUCUCCUCCAGCAUCCCCCCUCACACACCCUCCUCCAGCAUCCCCCCUCACACACCCGCCUCCAGCAUCCCCCCUCACACACCCGGCUGUGUCCAGUGCUUCAUUGGGGCUCACAGUCCUGCACUGUGGCCAAACUGCAACAGAGUGGUGGAGGCCAUCUUCACAAGGCUCUGUGACCUCUACCAAAAUACUGUGCGCUGCGAGGGAGUGAGGGUCUCACAGUUCAGAAUGGUGACACGUGCUUAUAAGCACAUCCGAGAGUGCGUGAUCACCAACGCCAAGGUGAUGACUGAGACCACCAUCCAGCUCCCAGAAGUGAAUGUUGCAACUGUCACACAAUGCAGGCGCUGCAGGUCUCAGGAACAGCAGAUCCUGAAGCAGGGUAUCCCCGCUCCUGACGCUCCCAUGGCAGGACCUGAGAAGCUUCUUGUGGCGAUGCAGAAAGGGACAUCUCUGUAUCCUGGCAGUUUGGCUGAGCCUCACACCUUUGUUCUGCCACCAAACACUGCUGGUGAGGCAAAGCUCCAGAAGAGAUCCCAACCAGUGGCCAUCUCACAGGUCCCACCACCACCUCCAUACUAUGCUCUUCCCUUCCUUGCACCGACUCCACCCUUCUCAACACCAUACAUGGUACCAUCUGUGCAGCUUCCUCAAGUGCCUGGACCCUCACAGGUUGUGCCUGGAAGCUCUCAGAUGAUGCUUCUCAACAUGCCAUUGCCAUCAGCUAUGGCAUCAGCUACUCAGGCGCUAACAUCCGGUCAGAGUAACGUGCCGUACACCACACAGCAGUACAGGGAAAGACAAGAGGGAGCAAUCUGGAUCAGGCAAAAGAAAGUCAAAAAGACAGACGCCAUCCUUUAUAAAAAGUGCAACAAAGACAGGAAGCCACCAGCCCACUUACAGUACUUUGGCAAUUGGUACUGUCCAGAAUCAGAGAGCCAGUCCUGUGAGGAAUGGAGGGCUGAGCUGGAGCAAAGAGGGUAUGGGGAAAGAAAAGGGAUGCACCUUAAAGGACCACAUGUUGUGAGCAGGGUCUGA